CUGGUCUACUAUAUAUUUAAAAAAAAAUUAGAAGGGGUGACGUAAUGACGUUAUGUGAUUCUCAGUUUUCACUACUGACGAGUAACACCAAUCAAAAGCCAUGACAUGACUUUUUUCACUCUCAUAUUAAAGUUCAUGACUCCAAAAGACAAGUUGAGAUUUGACAUCCACGAUAAUAUGCUGAAAUGAAAUGCACAAUUGCAAUUCAAGGAUCCCGUCGCAUACGCAAAUUUAUUUUUGCCUCUCAGUCAUUAGCGGCGUAUCCGGGUAUGUACGGAUUUGAGUAUAAAUAAACGGUCCGAAAUCACCUUCACAUUAGAAGUACUGAACAACGACAACUUAUAAACGCAAAUAUGAUCAAUACAACUGCGCUAACCAAUAUCAACUUAUUCACACCCACAGCGGUGGCCAUAUUCUGGGCUGGUGCAUCUGUGGCUAUAGACCAAGAGACUAGGUCUAAGUUCUGGGCGUCCGGCGUCAACGAUGCACAGGCAUUUGAUGUGGGCGUAGCUGUAUUCACUUACCAGGGUAUCCUGGAGUCCACUUUGGCGGCGGCGGCUUUGGGGUCUGCAGUUUAUUACAGAUCCGACCUCCUCGUUCCUUACAACGAGAAAGCUCUGGGUGUAGCUUUAGUCGCACACAUUCUACAAAGAGGUGUAUUUAUAAAAUCGUUACGGCCACGCGCUGAGCAAUUGGCUAAGGGACUAAAGGUCCCACCUUCAAAUUCACACUUUGCCUUCCUAGCCCUGGAGGUCGUGAAAUUGGGUGCACUUCUGACGGUCUGAAGUGCGAGUCCAAUAUAUUGCAGCUUGUAAUUCAAAUAAAGAAAAGUACACAGAGUCUUAAAACUGA